AUUUAUAAACAAACAAAGAUUAAACCUUAUACACACCUAAAUACGAUCAUUAAAUAUAUAUAUUCUUAUACACGAUACGAUUUUAAUCAAUCAAUACAUCAAUCAAUUCAGCAAACAAUCGAGCGAUAUACUUCAAUUUGCAAAAAACUACUUCAAAGAAAUACCUACAAACAUACUCAGACGCUGCUGUGGAUCAGGCGAAUCAUAAAUCAGCAAACAAUAAGCCAUCAAGUAUUAUUAGCAACUAAAACGAACUCAGACUCGGAAUCAGCCUCAGAAAUCUCAGCUCGAGAUCAUCCAACUUAACUCAACUUAACGCAACUCAGUCGAACUCAUCUCAUCGUCAACAGAAGUAGCCUCAACCAGAAUACAACAGAUACAAGUAUAUAUUUAGACAUAUGGUAAUGAUCAAGCAACUGUGGGCAGGUAUAGGAACAACGCUAAGCUAAACGUAAGGACUAAGGACAACAACAAAUUCUCUAGAUUACAAUAGAAUACAGAAGAAGAGGACAACUUUUUCAUGCAACUUUGAAGGCUGACAAAACAAAUUUUUGAUAAUCCAAAAGCAGAAGCGAACAAAUUACUAAAAACCACAAACAGCAACAAAACACGCGUUAAGAAGAAGAGACUGAUUUUAAAAUAAAAGAGCUAGGCAGCGGAAAGGAUAAAAGGCAGCAGAAGUGAGGCAAAAGUGAUUAAGGAUCAAAUCCAAUUAUAAAAGAAAACAAAACGCAACUUUCCAUACAACAUAUUUAGAAUAUAUAUCUAAGACAGAUUGAUAUUUUUGAGCGACUAUCCCUACUUUGAUAUAUCAUGUUGAAGAAACUCAAGUGCAUGGAGGCGGUCCAGGCAGCAGCGGCUGCAACAUCAUCCGGAGGAUCCUCUGGCAGUGGUCCUGGUUCCGGUUCCGGAUCUGCCUCGAAGCUGAUCAAGACCGAGCCGAUUGACUUUGAGAUGCUGCAUCUGGAGGAGAACGAACGGCAGCAGGAUAUAGAGCGGGAGCCGAGCAGCAGUAAUGGCAACAGCAACAGCAACAGCUUGACCCCCCAGCGAUACACCCACGUGCAGGUGCAGACCGUGCCACCACGCCAACCCACAGGUCUGACCACGCCCGGUGGCACCCAGAAGGUCAUCCUGACACCUCGCGUAGAGUACGUGCAACAGCGAGCCACCAGUUCCACAGGUGGUGGUGGGAUGAAGCACGUAUACAGCCAACAGCAGGGCGCUGCUGCAUCGCGAUCCGCUCCACCCGAGACCACGGCCCUACUGACCACCACUUCGGGCACUCCACAGAUCAUCAUCACCCGAACCCUACCCUCCAAUCAACACCUGUCGCGUCGUCAUUCGGCCAGUCCCUCCGCCCUGCACCACUACCAGCAGCAGCAGCAACAGCCGCAGCGUCAGCAAUCGCCGCCACCGCUGCACCACCAACAGCAGCAGCAACAGCAUGUCCGCGUGAUCCGCGAUGGCCGGCUGUACGAUGAAGCCACGGUGGUGGUGGCUGCCCGUCGGCAUUCGGUGUCGCCGCCACCACUGCACCACCACUCCAGAUCGGCGCCCGUGUCUCCGGUGAUCGCCAGGCGCGGUGGUGCUGCCGCCUAUAUGGAUCAGCAAUAUCAGCAACGGCAGACGCCACCGCUGGCGCCACCGCCGCCGCCUCCACCACCGCCACCACCACCACCGCCACCCCAACAGCAGCAGCAGUACAUCUCCACUGGUGUUGCACCACCCACGGCAGCGGCUCGCAAGUUUGUGGUUAGCACCAGCACGCGACACGUUAAUGUGAUCGCCUCCAAUCACUUUCAACAACAGCAGCAGCAGCAUCAAGCGCAGCAGCAGCAUCAAUCGCAUCAGCAGCAUGUGAUCGCCAGCGUUAGUUCUAGCAGCAGCUCAUCGGCCAUUGGAUCGGGCGGCUCUUCUUCUUCGCACAUCUUUCGCACGCCCGUGGUUUCCAGCAGCAGCAGCAGCAAUAUGCACCACCAGCAGCAACAGCAACAGCAGCAAUCGGUGAUGCGGCCACCUCCGCCGCCGCCUCCGCCCAAGGUCAAACACGCCUCCAGCUCCGGCAGCGGCAGUUCGAGCAGCAGCAACACCAACAGCAGCAGCAGCAGCAACGGCGAGGAGCCGUCUAGCUCGAUUCCUGAUCUAGAAUUCGAUGGCACCACAGUGCUGUGCCGCGUUUGCGGGGAUAAGGCCUCCGGUUUCCAUUACGGCGUGCAUUCCUGCGAGGGUUGCAAGGGAUUCUUCCGCCGCUCCAUCCAGCAAAAGAUCCAGUAUCGCCCGUGCACCAAGAAUCAGCAGUGCAGCAUUCUGCGCAUCAAUCGCAAUCGUUGUCAAUACUGCCGCCUGAAAAAGUGCAUUGCCGUGGGCAUGAGUCGCGAUGCUGUGCGUUUUGGACGCGUGCCGAAGCGCGAAAAGGCGCGUAUCCUGGCGGCCAUGCAACAGAGCACCCAGAAUCGCGGCCAGCAGCGAGCCCUCGCCACCGAGCUGGAUGACCAGCCACGCCUCCUCGCCGCCGUGCUGCGCGCCCACCUCGAGACCUGCGAGUUCACCAAGGAGAAGGUCUCGGCGAUGCGGCAGCGGGCGCGGGAUUGCCCCUCCUACUCCAUGCCCACACUUCUGGCCUGUCCGCUGAACCCCGCCCCUGAACUGCAAUCGGAGCAGGAGUUCUCGCAGCGUUUCGCACACGUAAUUCGCGGCGUGAUCGACUUUGCCGGCAUGAUUCCCGGUUUCCAGCUGCUCACCCAGGACGACAAGUUCACGCUCCUGAAGGCGGGACUCUUCGACGCCCUGUUUGUGCGCCUGAUCUGCAUGUUUGACUCGUCGAUAAACUCAAUCAUCUGUCUGAAUGGCCAGGUGAUGCGACGGGAUGCGAUCCAGAACGGAGCCAAUGCCCGCUUCCUGGUGGACUCCACCUUCAAUUUUGCGGAGCGCAUGAACUCGAUGAACCUGACAGAUGCCGAGAUAGGCCUGUUCUGCGCCAUCGUUCUGAUCACGCCGGAUCGCCCUGGACUGCGCAACCUGGAGCUGAUCGAGAAGAUGUACUCGCGGCUCAAGGGCUGCCUGCAGUACAUUGUGGCCCAGAAUAGGCCCGAUCAGCCCGAGUUCCUGGCCAAGUUGCUGGAGACGAUGCCCGAUCUGCGCACCCUGAGCACCCUGCACACCGAGAAACUGGUCGUUUUCCGUACCGAGCACAAGGAGCUGCUGCGCCAGCAGAUGUGGUCCAUGGAGGACGGCAACAACAGCGAUGGCCAGCAAAACAAGUCGCCUUCGGGCAGCUGGGCGGAUGCCAUGGACGUGGAGGCGGCCAAGAGUCCGCUGGGCUCGGUAUCGAGCAGUGAGUCCGCCGACCUGGACUACGGCAGUCCGAGCAGUUCGCAGCCACAGGGCGUGUCCCUGCCCUCGCCGCCGCAGCAACAGCCCUCGGCUCUGGCCAGCUCGGCUCCUCUGCUGGCGGCCACCCUCUCCGGAGGAUGUCCCCUGCGCAACCGGGCCAAUUCCGGCUCCAGCGGCGAUUCCGGAGCAGCUGAGAUGGACAUCGUUGGCUCGCAUGCACAUCUCACCCAGAACGGGCUGACAAUCACGCCGAUUGUGCGACACCAGCAGCAGCAACAACAGCAGCAGCAGAUCGGAAUACUCAAUAAUGCGCAUUCCCGCAACUUGAAUGGGGGACACGCGAUGUGCCAGCAACAGCAGCAGCACCCACAACUGCACCACCACUUGACAGCCGGAGCUGCCCGCUACAGGAAGCUAGAUUCGCCCACGGAUUCGGGCAUCGAGUCGGGCAACGAGAAGAACGAGUGCAAGGCGGUGAGUUCGGGGGGCAGUUCCUCGUGCUCCAGUCCGCGUUCCAGUGUGGAUGAUGCGCUGGACUGCAGCGAUGCCGCUGCCAAUCACAACCAGGUGGUGCAGCAUCCGCAGCUGAGUGUGGUGGCCGUGUCACCAGUUCGCUCGCCCCAGCCCUCCACCAGCAGCCAUCUGAAGCGACAGAUUGUGGAGGACAUGCCCGUGCUGAAGCGCGUCCUGCAGGCUCCCCCUCUGUACGACACCAACUCGCUGAUGGACGAGGCCUACAAGCCGCACAAGAAAUUCCGGGCCCUGCGGCAUCGCGAGUUCGAGACCGCCGAGGCGGAUGCCAGCAGUUCCACUUCCGGCUCGAACAGCCUGAGUGCCGGCAGUCCGCGGCAGAGCCCAGUCCCGAACAGUGUGGCCACGCCCCCGCCAUCGGCGGCCAGCGCCGCCGCAGGUAAUCUCGCCCAGAGCCAGCUGCACAUGCACCUGACCCGCAGCAGCCCCAAGGCCUCGAUGGCCAGCUCGCACUCGGUGCUGGCCAAGUCUCUCAUGGCCGAGCCGCGCAUGACGCCCGAGCAGAUGAAGCGCAGCGAUAUUAUCCAAAACUACUUGAAGCGCGAGAACAGCACAGCAGCCAGCAGCACCACCAACGGCGUGGGCAACCGCAGUCCCAGCAGCAGCUCCACACCGCCGCCGUCGGCGUCGCAGAAUCAGCAGCGUUGGGGCAGCAGCUCGGUGAUCACCACCACCUGCCAGCAGCGCCAGCAGUCCGUGUCGCCGCACAGCAACGGUUCCAGCUCCAGUUCGAGCUCUAGCUCCAGCUCCAGUUCGUCCUCCUCCUCCACAUCCUCCAACUGCAGCUCCAGCUCGGCCAGCAGCUGCCAGUAUUUCCAGUCGCCGCACUCCACCAGCAACGGCACCAGUGCACCGGCGAGCUCCAGUUCGGGAUCGAACAGCGCCACGCCCCUGCUGGAACUGCAGGUGGACAUUGCUGACUCGGCGCAGCCGCUCAAUUUGUCCAAGAAAUCGCCCACUCCGCCGCCCAGCAAGCUGCACGCUCUGGUGGCCGCCGCCAAUGCCGUUCAACGGUAUCCCACGUUGUCCGCCGACGUCACAGUGACAGCCUCCAAUGGCGGUCCUCCGUCGGCGGCGGCGAGUCCGGCGCCCAGCAGCAGUCCGCCGGCGAGUGUGGGCUCCCCCAAUCCGGGCCUGAGCGCCGCCGUGCACAAGGUAAUGCUGGAGGCGUAAGAGCGGGAGGAGGUAGGUGGUUUUACGCGGAGAAGUUGGAGAGACAGAGACUGGGAGUGGCAGUUCAGCGAAGCAGGAAGCAGGAUCACUUGGAUC